AUGGCUCCGUCGCCUGGCACUCCCUUGGGAGGGGAGCGGGGUCGCCGGCGCAGCCUCUCGCCUCCAGCGGCCGGCGCUGCCUCAGGAGUACAGCCCCCAUGGUGGUGGACGCUCCUUCUACAGCAGCCGCCCGGGUCCUUUGCCCGUGCAGCGACGUGCCUCCGGAGUGGCUCCGCACCCGCUGCUUGGUCUGUGGCCUCAGCGUCUCUGUGCAGCACGGGGUGCAUCCCACCUGCCAGCCCGGGCCGCCCUGGGGCCAGAGCAUACUCCAGCAGCCUCUGCGCCGCCGGCACUUCCUACGAUGCAGGAGGUCCAUGGAGGGAGGACGCCGACACUCCGUCACGUCCCAGCAGCAGCCCGCUACCUGUGUGGAACAAGACGCUCACCCGAGCCUUGGCAGCCGCUGCGCACCACAAUGACCUCCGGUCCUGGCAAGAGCUCGCGAUGCUGCCCCAAACUGUGCUAGAUGCUCCCCGGCGAGGCGGGCGCCAACGCGCUCGUGCAGCUGCCGCUUACACCAAAGACAGGUUGCAGCGAUGGGAUGCUGGUGAACGGCUGAGUCUUUGGAAGACCUGGCAGCAGCCUCUCCCAAGGCGCGCGCGGCGACGCACUGAUGAAGAGCGGCGGGAGCUGGCCGUCGGUCUAGCCCGCGAAGACUUCGAUGGCAAAGCAUGUGCUGCCCUUCUGGCAGAGGGGCUCUGCGCUGAGACACCAGCCACCGUGGCAGCGCUUCAGAGCUUGCACCCGACACAGGCCUCUCCACCACCAGUGGCUGCCCACGAGCUGCCCGUGGCGCCAGAACUCUCACCAGAUGAUGUCCUCAAAGCAUUGCACACCUUUCCAGCCGCCACCGCGCCUGGGCCUUCCGGUCUUCGUGCGCAGCACCUCCGUGACGCCUUCUUGCCUGGAGCCGCGAAAGGCUGCAACAACUCACUCACGGCAGUCGUCAACCUCCUUGCCCAGGGGCGAGCCUGCGCUGCCGCCGCCCCAGCGUUGGCCGGGGCCAGCCUGGUGGCUGCGCCCAAGCCAAAAGGAGGGGUGCGGCCAAUAGCAAUAGGCGAGCUGCUGCGCCGGCUCACUGGCAAUGCCUUUCUGCACAGUGCGGCGACCAGCUUCCCAACCUUGGCCCGAUGGGUCCACUGGUGCUAUGCAUAG